AUGGAGGACCCUCCGGAUGUCGCGAUGCUCAUCGCCGGGCUCAUGUCCGAGAAUGAAAGCUCACAGAAAUACGCCGUCUUUCGUCUACAAUCCCUCCUCGUCGAUCCCGAGUUCUCCGACAUCUUCAUUCGCGUCGAUGGGCUGGAACCCUUGCGACAGGCCGUGCUGGACACGACCGGCAACACCCAGGCAUAUGCGCUCGGGAGUUUGAAUGUCCUCUUGGAUCAAGGCCUCGCCUGGGAGGUUUGCGAUGAGGAGAUUUUGGAGACGGUCGUCUCGCUUGCCAUCUCUCACCCACUGGUUAACCUCGUCCGCAAUGCGCUGUCGUUACUCGUACAUGUCGUCUCUCGUCCACCGCCCACCAGCAACAACAGCGAACAUGCCGCCGAACAUGGCCUCAAAGCUAUCAAGCCUGCUCUUGACAAGCAUCCCGACUUCCUGGAGUCGCUCGUACAGCGCCUAAGCGCCUCUGACCACACUCUCUGCGCCAACGCUUUACAACUUGUCAAUGCCUUGAUGCGCGAUGCAGUCGCACAGGGAGGCGAGCACGAAUGGCCCAAGUUUAUCAAACGCCUGCAAGAUUUGGGGGUCAUUGGCAGCGUGGGCUUGCUGAUGCGUGGAGAGGCUGCUAGCGACAUCGACAGCACAUUGGCAACGGCGAUUCUCGAGUUUCAAUCCCUCACCAAAGUCCUACUACGCAAAUGGAAAGAGGUUGCAGUGAACGUGGAACUUUCAGAACACAAACGGGCGCUCAAAACUAUUCACUUGCUUAGCAAACCGGAGCCGUAUGUUCCUCCGCCGGUCGACCCAAAGAACCCCGAGGCCAAACCUCGCAAACACCACCCCGAAAAGUGGAGACGAUUAGGUUUCGAGACGGAGUCGCCUGCUUGGGAGUUUGACGAGACGGGAUACCUCGGCAUCAUGGAUCUUGUAGAUUACUGUCGUCGGAAUGAGGAUACCUACCAGAAGACUCUGCUGGAGCAAUCCAUGCAGCCAAAGGAGAAACGCUGCCCUGUCGCCCAUGCCUCUCUGAGCGUCACAAUGAUCCUCUACGAGCACUUCGAGAUUGACGCGGCGGAUCCCGAUGCACCUGUUUCAGUCGACCUUGACGUCGAUGUCGAUCGCCUCUACAAGCCGCUUCUCCUACAAUGGGGACGUCUGCAUACUGCCGCGCUCAACACCUUCCUGCGAUUGUGGAAAGAUGCUGGCGCAGAACAAGAAGACUAUUAUAAAAUUGAGGAACUUGUCCGGAUUGUCACUGAACGCACACUCGGCUUAGUUGAUCGUAAGACGGAGAUUGCUACUGUUGAAGAGGACCUCCGCGUCGCAUCGCUCUCUUCGGCACGUAGCUGGCAGAUGGAGAACCUCGACGAGGUCUACCAAGACGCCUGGGGUCCUCAUCUCGUGCAAGUCCGCGAGCAACUGCACAGCGAAAGCCUGCUGUUCAUGAAGGAGCAACGAAUCCGCUGUCUGCUUGCCGGUGCAUGGUUCCCUACCGCUCCUGCUGGUGGUCCUAGCGCAUGGCGAUACGUCCGCCUCAGUCCUCAACGCCGCUGGCUCCAUCACCAAACCUUCGCCGCCAAAGGUACCAGCGAUGAACCCCUCCCGCUAGAACAACUUCCCGAAAAGAUCGACCUCGACGCCGUCACCAGCGUCACCUCCAACGUCACCUCCAACGCCAACGGCCUCACCAACGGCCACAGCAGCCUCGCCGCCUCCUUCACCGACUCCAACCCCGUCCGCGCGAGCAUCAGCACCGUCGCCUCCCGCAUACGGGACAGCUCCGAGACUCUCCGUGGCGCCGCAGCAGCGCCAUAUCCGGACACCAAACUCACCAUCCUUGGCACCACCGGCCAACCCGGCGAUAGCAUUGAGCGUCCGCUGCUCGACCUCCACCCGCCCACCGCCCACCUCGCGAGCGAAUGGCUAGACGGCCUCCUCAUGCUCCUCGGCCAAGCGCCCAUGACGAAAGAAACCACCGACCUCGUCAGCAUGAUGGAGGAUUGGGGCGUCCGCCUCCGGAUUCUGAAUCUGAGGUGGGAGGAUGUCGAUUGGGAGGGUCUGGAGAGUGUUAAUUCCGCAGGCGGUAAAGCGGAUGUGGAAAUCAGUGAGAACCAGGCUGGCAAGUUCAAGGUCCGCGAGGUCCCUAGUCGGGAUGGUCUGGAGGGAGAGGAGUUUUGGUAUGCGAUGCCGGAGAAUUAA